AUGUGGGCGAGCAUCCUUAUCAGCCGAGAUCUUCCAUAUGGCCUAAUGGUGAACAAAGGAAGCAAUUAUCAUUGUGGUGGUGAGCUUUAUUAUCCCGCCGCCGCCGGCUACCAGCUUGGUUUUAUACAGAGCAUUCCUAUACCACCCAUGGAUUCCGUCAACCUGCUCUCCUCUUGGCGGGUGGAAUUUAAAGAUGCGAAAGAAGUCACCACCUUGACGGAUUUCAACCAAGACUUGGUGAAAUCCUUCAGUAUUCCGAUUAGAGAUCCUCGGUUUGGUGACUCUAACAUCUUUAUCCAUUGGUGGAAAGAAAUGUCGGCCGGUUGGUUUUCUCAACCAUGCUCAGAGAUUGAGGAUAGGAUCCUUAAGCAUUGCCCAUGCUCAUUGGCCUUUCAACAAGAGAAAGAGAAGAAGAAGGCCCAAGCAAAAGUUGACACCGCCGAGAAGGAAAACCCUCCCGCCAAGGUUAUUGAGAGAGAGAGCUUGGCCAAAUCCGCCAAUGCAAAUUCUGGGUGGGGCGAGAAAAGGCCCACCGCCCCCAUCCAAGGAGAUAGCCCCGCCGGAAAUAUUUUGCCUUCUCAAACAUUCCUUCGGCCCAGAAAAGUUCGGCGGAACCUUUCACCCCAAGGUUCCCCAAGGCCGGCGGAUCAUCCUUCCUCUUCUCAUUCGGUCGGGGCCGUGCAAUCGGCCACUACUUCAUCCGCCGCUCCGGAAACUCAACCUCCUACACUUGAGAAGGGAGUUAGGGCGCAAGUCAUGACUUCGGUGGGCGAGGAUGAGUCGGCCGAGAUCACUACCACGGAGCACCCGGAGGAUAUUUCCACGGGGUCACACGAGAUUACUCCCAUGCCCGAUGAUGACGCCCAUGAGCACGUGGCCGAGCUGACCGAGGAAGACUUCCCACAUGUUCCGAAUUCUCAGCGGGCCAUUUUUGGCCCCAACCUUUCUUCGGCCGAUGCCACGGCCACUGAGGCCGAAUUUCAGCCCCUCUUUGCCAUAAGUUCGGGCUCUACCUUGACCCGCCUUCUCGAGGCGCCCCAAAGUGGCCCAACUUUUCAGGCGGAUGUGGUGGAGUCUACCGCCAUUACGGUCGGCCAUGCGAUCGUCGCCAAUGGUGUGCCUUCCACUAUUCCCACCGACGGAAGUGCACCACAUGAGCCCGUCCUUAUGUCGACCUUGGGAGCUCCUACCUUGGUUGUCGAUGCUAUUCCGUCUGAACUCCAACUUGAGAUUGGUGAGUCUUCAUCCUUUGUGCCCGCCGAGAUUACCAUGGAUCCAUCGGCGGAGGAUGGACGAAACUUGGCCACGGUCCCCCAUGAAGAGGCCCCUCUACCAUCCCCUGAUCAACAGCCAUCUGGUGACAUUUUUGACUUCCUAGAUCAGUGGGAUGCAUCUAUAUCCUCUGCGGAGGCUUCCAUUCGCCUUGCCACUUCUUCUACAUCGACCGGGGCCCUACCAGAUUCCGGGGCUGAGGCCAUACUUCGGUCAUACAGAGAGGGAGACCUCAUGUCCCUGGAGGACAAAGAUGAGAGAAGCAAGCUCAAGGCCGCCAUUGAGACUUUGGCGAGUUCUGGCUUUUUCCUUGAUCCACGCUCGGCGGCUAUGAUUACUCAUCUCUUUGGUCAGGUGGAGAGAUUUGCCCCCCGCUGCCGUCCUUUUCUAGAGGAGCAAAGGAUAGGCCAAGACUUGGAGCAGCGGAUUACCAAAUGUAGUGCCACCAUGAGGAGGGAGAUCGAGAUCGCCCGCCAAAUGCAACAGGAGGCUGCGGAUAUCGAUGAGCAGGUGAGUCAGCUUCAAGAAAGGAAGGCUGGCAUUGUUGCCAAAGUCUCCGAGAUUGUCCGGAGCAAUAGGCCUCUCGAGGCUCAACUUCGACAGGAUGCAGCGGCAGCGGGAGCAUAUCGAGAGAGGAAGUUGAUGAUUCAGUCGACCUUGUCCGCCGGAGAUACCGCGAUGGAGAGCUUUAGGGCUGCCCUCCGCACCCUUUUCCCCGAUGCUUAG